GAUGAUGACUUCAAAAAUAACAUCUUGGAUGCUCAUAACAAAAAGAGAUCUCAACAUGGUGUUCUGAAAUUAUCUUGGGAUGAAGAUGCUUACCAAUACGCUAAAGAUUAUGCCAAUAAAUAUGACUGCUCUGGUGAUUUACAACACUCUGGUGGUUCCUUUGGUGAAAACUUGGCUGUUGGUUAUAAAGAUGGUUCCUCCGCUGUUGAUGCUUGGUAUGAUGAAGGUAAAAACUAUGAUUACUCUUCUGCUUCAAGCUUUGAUCAUUUCACUCAAGUUAUUUGGAAAUCAACUACUAAAGUUGGUUGUGCCUACAAAGAUUGCUCCUCUGAAAACUGGGGUAAAUACAUUGUCUGCUCUUAUGAUCCUGCCGGUAAUAUCGUUGGUAAAGGUAAAGCUAACUUGAUU